GUGCUGCCAAUGGUUUUCGCUACGUAGGCGCUUCAUGCGAUAGCUGUGUGACGGAUUCCCCUUCUACAAGAUGUCCCGGUUGCAACAAUACGAUGAGCAAGAAACUGUCAUGGGUCCCGGGGCCACCUGCUGGUGCCGCAUCCUCGGCCAAGGUACCUAGUGGGGAGGGCGGUUACGUGAGAGGCAUGGUCACAUACAUGGCGAUGGACGGUUUGGUCAUGAAGCCCAUGUCCAGCAUCUCUUGCAUUACUCUCCUCAACCGGUACAAUGCGCACGAAAUCGGGGAUCUCCAAGAGAAGGUGAUCGACUUUGGCAUGGACGAGGCCAUAAAGCUGUUGAGCGCUUCAUUGCAUUCCAAAACGGUUCUCACGGACCGAUUCAACAGGGGAAGAUCUCAAGUGAAAUGCUAUUCUUCAAUUUCAAAAACUCUCCAUUCGUAUUGGCCUGCUGGGGUAGUUUGCUCUUGCUACUUUGUGAAAUGCUGA